UUAUCAUUCUCCCUCACCUUCUAUCUUCCACUCUCAGCCUGCAAAGAAAAAGAAAAAAAAAACCCUAAAAAAUGGAGGUAGAAACAGCAGGGCAAUUGAAUAGUAACGGUAAUAAUGUGAUGUGUGAAUUAGCAGAUCCAGAAGGAAACCAACUUGGUGCAUCUAUGUAUCUUCCUCAAUCUGUGGGCCCUAAAGAGCUUCAACAGAUGGUCAACACACUGCUCAACAAUGAGGAAAAGCUGCCAUACUCUUUUUAUAUAUCCGACCACGAGCUUGUUGUACAACUGGGAGAUUAUUUGCAGAAGAAUAAAGUUUCUGUGGAGAAGGUAGUUAGAAUUGUGUAUCAACCCCAGGCAGUCUUCCGCAUUCGCCCGGUUAAUCGUUGUUCUUCGACAAUUGCUGGUCACACAGAAGCUGUACUUUCAGUUGCAUUUAGUCCUGAUGGACAACAAUUAGCUAGCGGUUCAGGUGACACAACUGUUCGGCUAUGGGACUUAAAUACCCAAACGCCUAUGUUCACUUGUACAGGGCACAAGAAUUGGGUGCUUUCUAUUGCAUGGUCACCAGAUGGUAAGUAUCUUGUUAGUGGCAGCAAGUCUGGAGAACUUCAAUGCUGGGACCCACAAACAGGGAAACCAUCUGGCAACCUGCUUACAGGUCACAAGAAAUGGAUUACUGGAAUAUCAUGGGAACCUCUACACCUUAGAUCUCCAAGUCGCCGCUUUGUUAGCUCUAGCAAAGAUGGCGAUGCACGGAUAUGGGAUGUUACAUUGAGAAAAAGUGUUAUUAAUCUUAGUGGCCAUACUCUUGCAGUAACUUGUGUAAAAUGGGGUGGAGAUGGAUUCAUAUACACCGGAUCUCAAGAUUGUAUAAUCAAAGUAUGGGAAACUACUCAGGGGAAGUUGAUUCGUGAAUUGAAGGGUCAUGGACAUUGGGUGAAUUCUCUGGCAUUAAGCACCGAGUAUGUUCUUAGGACUGGAGCUUUUGAUCAUACACGUAAAUAUUAUUCAUCUCCAGAAGAGAUGCAGAAGGCAGCUUUAGAAAGAUACAACAAGAUGAAAGGUAAUUCACCUGAAAGGUUGGUUUCAGGUAGUGAUGAUUUUACUAUGUUCUUAUGGGAACCUUCUGUCAGCAAGCACCCGAAAACGCGAAUGACAGGUCAUCAACAGCUAGUAAACCAUGUUUACUUUUCUCCUGAUGGACAAUGGAUUGCAAGUGCCUCAUUUGACAAAUCUGUCAAGUUGUGGAAUGGAAUAACUGGGAAGUUUGUUGCCGCGUUUCGGGGUCAUGUUGGACCUGUUUAUCAGAUAAGCUGGUCUGCUGACAGCAGACUUCUCUUGAGUGGUAGCAAGGACUCUACUUUGAAGGUUUGGGAUGUCCGGACACAAAAAUUGAAGCAAGACCUUCCAGGCCAUGCAGAUGAGGUUUUUGCUGUGGAUUGGAGCCCAGAUGGUGAGAAAGUGGCAUCCGGUGGUAGAGAUAGAGUUCUAAAGUUAUGGAUGGGUUAAACAAUCAUUAAGCAAAGAUAACUAUAUGUAUAUGAAGGUGUACAUGAAUGGUUGGUGCGCAGUUUUCUCCAACAAAGAUUUCAUCCGGAUAAGAUAAAUGAAUACCAACAUUGAUGUGGCUACUUAUACGAACUUUGUUAACCUAAACUGCAAAUAUGGUAGCCGGGUGUUAUGAAUUUUGCCAUUGUGCCAACACUGUAUUUCAAGUCCUGUAUUCCAAUUUUUUUUUUGUACUCUGUUUUCUGUUUAUUUAUAAUUUGUUUCUGCAAGGAUUAUUGUAUUUUUCAUUCUAUAGAGUUGAUAUUGUCAAAGUUCCACUAA